AAAUUCUGAGUUAAAAUUAGUUUAAAAAAAAUUAACGUUGACAUAUUAUCAUAUUAUAUGACAUCUGUGAUAUGACAUUUACAAAUUACACCAAGAGCAGACAGAUUUUAGCAUUAUGAUAUCAAUAUAUUCUAGUUACAAAGAAUUCGCGUGUUUAUUUAUAUAUUAUUAGCAUUUUGUUCACUCUGUACUUCUUGCUGCAACAUUUUUGAGUGCAGGACAUUAUAAAAGGAUUAAAAUGGGGGGUGGUGAUUUAAAUUCCAAGAAAUCAUGGCAUCCGAACACAAUGAAGAAUCAAGAGCGGGUAUGGAAAGCAGAGCAAGCCGCCGCCGAAGAGAAGAAGCGGAUAGUAGAGCUACAACGUGAGCGUGCUGAGGAGAGAGACCGAACAGAACUCAACAAUAUGAUCAAACAAAAUGCUGCGGCGAACAUGGACGACCGGCUUCACUGGAUGUAUGAUAAACCGGAUAAAAAGGAACAGCAGGAAGAAUACCUGCUUGGAAAAGCUAUUGAUAAAAAGAGUGAUUAUUCAGACAAACUAGAAGCUGAGGCUAUACCAGCUGUUGCUCGUCGGGUGGUGGGUUCCAGUAUGUUGUCAGCAGUUGGAGCAGGAGAUUCUCAAGUAGACUUGGUGAGGAAGAUCCGUGAAGAUCCACUACUGUUGAUUAAAGAGCGAGAGCGGGCUGCUCGAGCUGCAUUGUUAAACAACCCAUUACAACGUCGUAAGAUUGCUGAACUGUUACGGAAGGAGCAAGACCAGAAAAAAGAAAGCUUGAACUUAAAAAAACAUAAAAAGAAAGAUAAAGAUUUAGAUAGUGUGCUAGCAGCAAAAUUAAAUGCUCUAGGUGCUGAAAAAGGCCUUGAUUUGGCUGCUUUACUCGAUUCUGACGAUUCUGAUUCUGAUUCAUCGUCAUCAUCUUCUAUUUUAUACAAACAGAAAUCCAAGAAAAAGAAGAAAAGAAAGAAACAAGAAAAAAAUGUUAAAUCUAAAAAAAGCAAAAAGAAGAAGAAACAUUCUUCAGAUUCAGAACAGUCUGAUAAUCAGAAAAAAAGUGAUUCGUUUGAGAAAAGGCGACCUAGAGAGGAGUCUCCGCACAGAAGCCGUGAUAAUGAAUCCACAAGUCGAAAACGACAUUCUGGUCAAGACGAAACAGUUGACAAUAAAAGUAAAACAAAACGAAAUAGAACAGAUCGCACUCCACCACAAUCAAAUGAUUAUGAUCGACCUCGGCGUCGGCGCUCUCGCACAAGGAGUCGUGAAGAAUAUUCCCGACGAAAAGCAUCACCUUCGCGAGAUAAACAUGUACCAAAAAAUACGAAACGUCAGGGCAUGAGUGAAGAACAACGUGCCGCCAAAUUAGCGGCGAUGGUGGCGGCCGGUGCCGAGCGGGAAGUGGACCGCGGGCGACGCGUGGCGCAGCAACGGGCGGCGGACGAAGGGGACAACAAGCCGAGACCCCAGGGCUUACUGCGCAACGAGGCUCGCUCUCUACCAGAUUCACUCGAAAGUCGCAUUCAUUCAAACAGACAUUAUAUACAACGAAAUAGUCGCCACAUGAAUGAACAUUUCGCUCGAAGGUAGAGUUUUCUACGAUUUCUAUGUUAAGAGUGUAAAUAAGACAAAAUAAAGACUAGAAGAUAAUAUUA